AUGUCCUGUCGCUCCUACAGGAUCAGCUCAGGAUGUGGAGUUACCCGAAACUUCAGCUCCUGCUCAGCUGUGGCCCCUAAAACUGGCAACCGCUGCUGCAUCAGUGCUGCUCCGUUCCGAGGAGUGUCCUGCUACAGGGGAUUGACCGGCUUCAGCAGCCGAAGUCUCUGUAACCCGAGCCCCUGUGGGCCCCGCAUGGCUGUGGGAGGCUUCCGCUCAGGGUCCUGUGGACGCAGCUUUGGAUACCGCUCAGGGGGUGUUUGUGGGCCCAGUCCCCCCUGCAUCACCACGGUCUCUGUCAAUGAGAGCCUGCUCACGCCCCUCAACCUGGAGAUCGACCCCAAUGCUCAGUGCGUGAAGCAUGAGGAGAAAGAACAGAUCAAGUGCCUCAACAGCAAGUUCGCGGCCUUCAUCGACAAGGUGCGCUUCCUGGAGCAGCAGAACAAGCUGCUAGAGACCAAGUGGCAGUUCUACCAGAACCAGCGCUGCUGCGAGAGCAACCUAGAACCCCUGUUUGGAGGCUACAUCGAGGCACUGAGGCGGGAGGCUGAGUGUGUGGAGGCUGACAGCGGGAGACUGGCUGCUGAGCUCAACCACGUGCAGGAGGCCAUGGAGGGCUACAAGAAGAAGUAUGAAGAGGAGGUAGCUCUGAGGGCUACCGCAGAAAAUGAGUUUGUGGUUCUGAAGAAGGAUGUGGACUGUGCCUACUUACGUAAAUCAGACCUGGAGGCCAACGUGGAGGCCUUGGUGGAGGAGUCCAGCUUCCUGAAGCGCCUCUAUGAAGAGGAGAUCCGUGUUCUCCAAGCCCACAUCUCAGACACAUCAGUCAUCGUGAAGAUGGACAACAGCCGGGACCUGAACAUGGACUGUGUUGUUGCUGAGAUCAAGGCUCAGUAUGAUGACGUUGCCAGCCGCAGCCGGGCAGAGGCUGAGUCCUGGUACCGCACCAAGUGUGAGGAGAUGAAGGCCACGGUCAUCCGGCAUGGGGAGACCCUGCGUCGCACAAAGGAGGAGAUCAAUGAGCUGAACCGCAUCAUCCAGAGGCUGACGGCUGAGAUUGAGAAUGCCAAGUGUCAGCGUGCUAAGCUGGAGACAGCUGUGGCCGAGGCAGAGCAGCAAGGAGAGGCCGCCCUCACUGAUGCCCGCUGCAAGCUGGCUGAGCUGGAGGCUGCCCUACAGAAGGCCAAGCAGGACAUGGCCUGCCUGCUCAAGGAGUACCAAGAGGUGAUGAACUCCAAGCUGGGCCUGGACAUCGAGAUCGCCACCUACAGGCGCCUGCUGGAGGGCGAGGAGCACAGGCUAUGCGAGGGUGUGGGCUCCGUGAAUGUCUGUGUCAGCAGCUCCCGUGGUGGAGUCGCAUGUGGGGGCCUCACAUAUGGCACAACCCCAGGGCGCCAGAUUGGCUCUGGCCCCUCUGCCACUGGGGGCAGCAUCUCAGUGAUGGCCCCUGACUCCUGCACUCCUUGCCAGCCAAGAUCCUCCAGCUUCAGCUGUGGAAGCAGUCGCUCAGUGCGCUUUGCUUAG